GCAGCUCUCACUCAGAUUAGCCAUGCUCCAACUCCUCGCGCUCCUGCUGCUGCUGAGCACGAGCGGCUCAGCUCUUCACAACGACGCCACAGAGUCAGUCCACGCGCAUCCACCUCACGAGCCCGAAGACGAGCCGGCCGAGAGAGACCUGAACCAGGCGAGGAACGGCGGGAGAGGGCUGGCUGACUCUGUGCGUAACGGCCCGGACCAGAGCCAGGUGGGCUGCAGGGAGCUGAGGUCCACAAAGUACAUCUCUGAUGGCCAGUGUACCAGCGUCAACCCCAUCAAGGAGCUGGUGUGUGCUGGGGAGUGUCUGCCAGCCCACCUGCUGCCCAACUGGAUCGGCGGGGGUGCUGGGGUUUACACUGGGAGGCACUGGAGCCGCCGCGACGCCCAGGAGUGGCGCUGCGUCAUCGACCGGACCAGAACCCAGCGGAUCCGGCUGCAGUGCCAGGACGGCAGCUCCCGGACCUACAAGAUCACCGUGGUAACCUCCUGCAAGUGCAAGCGCUACUCCAGAGAGCAGAAUGACUCGGGACACAAGGACAGGUCCGUCCACAGAGGGAAGGAGAAGAAACUUCAGAGGAAGGCUGGACCGCCUGAGGAGGAACCUGGGGGGCAGACCGAAAACGAACAGAGUUAG